AAAGCGCCCCCCCCCCCACGCGGGGAGUACUUUCCAGGAAACACGGACGGACGUUAAAAGGAAAAUCCCCGCGGACCCCUCUCCCCCCGGAUUCAAGGCAGCCCCCGGCGCUCAAGCGGCGACCGUUCCAAAGCGGCGCUAACGGCUCUCGCAGCGUUCGAGGACUGGCGGCGGUGGAAACAGCAUUCCCGCCGCCAUACGCUACGCGCCUCCGGCCUCCCUUGCGGUCCCAGCCUCGCGUCUCCCCAACCACGGUGGCGCUGUGUGGCAGGCAAGCAGGCGGCGCGUCCCGGCCAGGCGCCGCCUUCCCUGCGUGCGGAAGGCGGAGCGCGCCAGUCUCCGGCGGCAGCCGCAGCUGCAGGCGCUGUUGCUGCUGCUGCACCAGCGGGCCGGCCGGGGCUGCUCCCCUCUGCGCGCUCCCCGCCAGAGCUCGAAGUCCUUUCGCCGGUUCGGCUCCGUAGGGGACCCAGACGUGGAGCAGGCGACUUCGUUUUGCUGGCCCCUGCUGCUGCCUUCUGAGCCAGAAGCGAAAGUGGAGCCUGACAGUUCCGGGAAACUCGCGCAGUCUCUUCAGCCAGGCGUCGCCGUCGGGUCUUGCUGUAGCGGGCUUCUGGGCACCCGCCUCGCCGGAGGCGGGAGGCGUUUGCCGGGGGCUUCCGUGCUGUCCCGGCCCCGCUUGCGGCUACCCGGGCCCAGGGGGAGCUUUCGACCUUCCCGCCGAGCUACGGCCGGGCGGCGGGGCCGGGACUGGGACUGCUUGCGAGCGCGCCCAGAAGUUUAGUUGGAACCGGAGCCGAAGCCGCGACUGGGAGGGGCACGGGGCGUGAUCGGGGGCGGCGGCGGCUCUUGGUCCUGCUCUUCCUCCUCCUUGAGCGGCGCGGCAAUGAAGCUGAGCCGGCAAUUCACCGUCUUCGGUAGCGCUAUUUUCUGCGUGGUGAUCUUCUCGCUCUACCUGAUGCUGGAUCGGGGUCAUUUGGACCACCCCAAGGACCAUCGCCGUGAGGGGUCCUUCCCCCAGGGUCAGCUUUCAAUAUUACAAGAGAAAAUAGAUCACUUGGAGCGCUUGCUAGCAGAAAAUAAUGAAAUUAUUUCAAAUAUAAGAGAUUCUGUGAUCAAUCUGAGUGAAUCUGUCAAGGAUGGACAACGCACCCCAGAAAUUAUAAACUUUGGUCAAGGAAAUUUCUCAGAGCUGUCACCUCGAGCCCCUGUGUACCUCUCAGUAGAUCCUGAAGAUUGCCAGUUUGCUUCAAUAAGUGGAAACCAUGCUUCAGAUGUACAGAUGCCAGCAGUUUAUGAUAUUCUUCCUUUUGAUAAUCCGGAUGGUGGAGUUUGGAAACAAGGAUUUGAUAUCACAUAUGAUGAACAUGAAUGGGAUAACGAACCUCUUCAAGUUUUUAUUUUACCCCACUCACAUAAUGAUCCAGGUUGGCUGAAGACAUUUGAUGACUAUUUCAGAGAUCAGACACAGCAUAUUCUCAAUAACAUGGUUAUAAAGCUGCAAGAAGACAAAGGGAGGAAAUUUAUGUGGUCUGAAAUCUCGUAUUUUUCAAAGUGGUGGGAUGGAAUAGAUAGCCAAAAGAAGGAUGCUGUGAAAAGAUUAAUAGAAGAUGGCCAGUUUGAAAUAGUGACAGGAGGAUGGGUCAUGCCUGAUGAAGCUUCUCCCCAUUAUUUUGCUUUGAUUGACCAGAUGAUAGAAGGACACCAGUGGCUAGAGAAAGCACUAGGAGUAAAACCAAAAUCUGGCUGGGCAAUUGAUCCAUUUGGACAUUCACCAACCAUGGCUUACCUUCUGAAACGUGCUGGCUUUUCUAAUAUGCUUAUACAGAGAGUUCAUUAUUCUGUUAAAAAGUAUUUCGCAACCCAGAAGACGCUAGAAUUUUUUUGGAGACAAAAUUGGGAUUCAGGAUCCAGUACGGAUAUUCUCUGCCACAUGAUGCCUUUUUAUAGCUAUGAUGUUCCUCAUACUUGUGGGCCAGAUCCUAAAAUUUGCUGCCAGUUUGAUUUUAAGCGUUUACCUGGUGGCAGAGUGAAUUGCCCCUGGAGAGUUCCUCCUGAAGCCAUUCAUUCCGGAAACAUCCAGUACAGGGCAUGGAUGAUUUUAGAUCAAUACAGAAAGAAGUCAAAGCUCUUCCGUACCAAAGUUUUGUUGGUUCCAUUAGGAGAUGAUUUCCGCUACACUGAAAGUUCAGAGUGGGAUCAGCAGUACCAGAAUUACCAGAAACUUUUUGAUUAUAUGAAUUCUCACCCUGACUUGCACAUUAAGGCUCAGUUUGGGACUUUAUCAGAUUACUUUGAGGCACUACACAAAGCUGGUAGCCUGGAUGAAAAGAAAGGCAAUUCGGUGUUUCCUGUUUUGAGUGGUGAUUUCUUCACGUACGCAGACAGAGAUCACCACUACUGGAGUGGAUACUUCACAUCACGCCCUUUCUACAAACGACUAGAUAGGAUUUUAGAGUCACAUUUAAGGGCUGCUGAAAUUCUUUACACUUUGGCCUUGGUACAAUUCAAAAAGAAUGAGAGAAUGAAAGCAUUUCCUUCAGUGGAGCACUACAAAUUACUGACAGAGGCUAGGAGAAACCUGGGACUCUUUCAACACCAUGAUGCUAUCACAGGAACUUCUAAAGACUGGGUAGUUGUGGAUUAUGGGACUAGGCUUUUCCAUUCAUUAAUGAACUUGAAGAAAAUCAUCACUGAUUCAGCUCAUGUGCUUAUUCUAAAGGAUCAAGAAAUGUAUAGUUACAACCCAUCAACUUCAUUCUUUACAAUGGAUGAUGUUCAGACUUCACAAGACUCUUUGCCACACAAGACUGCCAUAGAACUGAAUAUGCAGCCAAGAUACCUCAUGAUCUAUAACCCUACCGAACAAGAGCGUUUCUCAGUGGUUUCAGUGUAUGUGAAAACACCUAAAGUUAAAGUAAUGUCUCCCUCUGGAAAACCAGUAGCAAUCCAACUCAGUGCAGUGUGGGAUGGAUCUGCUAGUAUAUCACGUGACACUUACCAGAUCUCUUUUCUAGCUCAUGUACCGCCUCUGGGUUUUGGAGUUUACCAACUUCUGGAGGGACUAAAUACAGAAACCAUAUUCGCAGAUUAUAAUCUCUAUCACACUGAUAAAUCUAAGAUAGAGAAGCCCUACAGAAUUUUCAACAUUAAAGAGAUACAGAAUGCUUUGGAUGAGAUCAUGCUGGAGAACUCUUAUAUGAAAGUCUGGUUCUCCGGCAGUUCUGGGCUUCUUGAGAAAAUAAAUACAAAAGAAGAUAAUAAAAAUUAUCGUAUCAAGGUGGAGUUUGUUUGGUAUGGAACUACAAGUAACAGAGAUAAGAGUGGAGCUUAUCUCUUUUUACCAGAUGGAGAGGCCAAGCCAUAUGUCUUUUCUGAUCCACCUGCAAUACGAGUCACACAUGGGAAGAUUUUUUCUGAAGUUACCACUUUUUUCCAUCAUUUAACUCACACAGUACGACUUUAUAAAGUUCGAGGGCUAGAAGGCCAGUCUUUGGAAGUAUCCAAUAUUGUGGAUAUUAGAGGAGAAUACAAUCAUGAGAUUGCAAUGAGAAUUUCAUCUGAUAUAGAAACCCACAACAGAUUUUACUCGGAUCUCAAUGGAUAUCAGAUUCAGCCUCGACAGACAAUGAGCAAAUUACCUCUUCAAGCAAAUGUUUAUCCAAUGACCACAAUGGCUUAUGUUCAGGAUGCUAGGAUUCGUUUGACUCUUCAUUCUGCUCAGUCUCUCGGUGUGGCAAGUUUGAAAAGUGGUCAAUUAGAGGUCAUUAUGGAUCGUCGACUUAUGCAAGAUGACAAUAGAGGCUUAGGACAAGGCGUACAAGAUAACAAAAUCACGGCUAAUCUGUUUCGACUUCUGUUGGAAAAAAGGAAUGGAAUAGACUCGAAAGAAGAAAAAUCAUCAGUCAGCUAUCCUUCUCUUCUUAGUCACAUAACGUCAUCUUUCAUGAACCAUCCUUUGAUGCCAAUGAUUACCUAUGCAGAUGCAGCUAUUCCACCCAUUUUGAAUACCUAUUCUCCACUAACUUCAUCCAUGCCCUGUGAUUUACAUAUGGUUAACUUAAGAACAAUACAGUCAAAGGCUGAUCCAGGGCCGUCUGAUGAAGCAGCCCUGAUCCUUCACAGGAAGGGAUUUGAUUGUAGGUUUGCAAACACAGAUCUGGGGCUUUUCUGUUCUACAACUCAGGGAAAGCUAAAAGUGCACAAACUCUUCAAGCUCCAUGUGGAAAGUCUUACACCUACAUCUUUAUCUUUGAUGCAUUCACCUCCAGAUGCCAAAAACAUAAGUGAGAUCAGUGUGAGUUCUAUGGAAAUAAACACAUACAGAAUUCAACUGAGAUGAAAACUGACUUUAGAACUCAGAUAUUAAAAUAAUCUGCAGCUUUUGUCUUCUCAAAGAUUGGUGUGCAAUAAGCACAUUUUAAUUCCAGCUUCUGGAUACUGUGACAGUACAUGCAUUCUAGAAUUUAUUUGAUCCAACAAAGUAAAAAGCCAUGAUGCAAGAAACUCUUUUUUCUCUAAUAAAAACACGAACAACAGUAUAAAAAUGCAACAAAUGGAGAAAAAACAAAGGAUACUACGUCUCACCAACUAAAUGAAUCUCAGGUUAAACGUUAGUUUUUGGCUUCUGAAUUUAUGAUUUUGUGUUUGAAAAGGAGGAAAAGUCUUUUUUAUGCUUUGUUGUUCAUCAGUGGGUCUAAAUAUAUAUUGUUGAAAUCCCAGACACAUAUUGGAAUUGCUGAAAUUGCUUUGGCAAAGCUAUUGUCCAAAUUACCUGUAAAGACUUCUAUAAAUGAGGAAAUUUCAAUUUGUUCCAAAUGGAGUCUGAAUUUAUUCCACUUGGGAAGCAGAGUGAAGUCCAAGAGCCUUUGAUGUGUGUUUAAUCAUAAUUAAUCUUAUUAUCCUAGCUUCUUGAAGUGCAGAACUUAAUUUCUGGAAUUUUAAAUUAAUCUUUCCAUGGAAAAUAUAAACAACUUUCUUUUUGUUACUUGACACAUUGGGAUAUGUGCAAUUACUCCAUUAUAUAGAGUAAGGAAAGUCAAGUCUAUUAUUUCAUGAAUACAAGAUUUUUUACAGAAUAUUUGGAUACUAAUGCUCUCAGAAACGUGUUUUCUAUUUCAAGAUUACCAUAUCAAAAUAAAUGUGCCUUAUUUUUUUAUGUGUCUUGUUACUCCUUUGUCCAUGCAGUAUGUGCUUUUGGAAUAGGUGGUAGUUGUUUUAUAAUGCAUUAAACCAUGUAUCUUUUAUUUGACAAUGAUGGCCACAUACUUCUCUUCUGCACCAAAUUUGUCUUGAUGGUGUUCUGAAUGCUCUGACUAUUUGAAUGUAGUAAUCUGAUUGUCAUAAAGCAAAACAAUGGCGGAAUAAAUCAUACUAUAAAAUUCAGCUGCUAUCAACCGCUACAAACACAUAUUUGAUAGCAUGCAGGGCACACCAUUUGUUUAAAGGUACCACAGAAAUGUCUAUCGUAGCAAACAGUGCAUUGAGAAUCAUGUGCCUAUAUUUUUGAGCAAUCUGUUGUCUGAACUCAGUCACUACAUGCUUAUGUUGCCAAUAUUGGUUGUUGAGUAAUAGCUUCAAAAAUGUUUUUCACCUCAAGUAUUUUAUAUUGAGUUCUUGAAGCCAUGUGGGCUUGCAGAUUCCACUUCUCUGAAUAAAACUGUUGUUUACAAAUCAAGCCUAUUCAAUUACAUUGCAGUAUGUUUCUUCUUCCUACCCUGACCUUUAUUUUGCUUCAGUUUAUACAAAUAUGAAUAAUUCUCUUUAAAUCUAAUAAAUGUUUUAAUAAGUGAAAAAAAUUGCUUUUUACAUAGUCAGAUCUUUUAGUCAUGCUUCCAGUCUUAAAGAUGGCAUUAACAUGCUAAUGUUCUUCAUAACGUUCAAAUUUGAAGGGGGGUGGGCUGUCUUCACAUUGUAUAGUUUCUCUACGUCAGUUUAGUAUUAGCACAAUUUCAUGUGGAUUGCUAGAGAAUGGUUGGGGAUUAUACAGAAUUGUAAACAAAUGAUUUUAUGCAAUAAACAUGCAGUUUUUUAAAUAUUUUCCUUUAGGUCAAAUCUUUAGCUUUCGGAAGUUCUUAUAACUCCUUUUUUUAGUUUUAUAUACUAUGAUAAAGAUACAUCAGAAACUUCUCAUCUCUGAAAAAGUAUUUAAAAUCAGUUUCUGAGGAAUAAACAUUGAUGCAAUAACUUGUAAUGUUGGCUCGUAGAACAUACUUCCAAAGAGUCAGUGUCACAUGGUAAGAACUGCAGUCCAACGCUAAAUAUGGGUAUUCAUAAAUUUAAUGGGUCUUUAUUUUCUAAUAAGUUUUGGAUUGCAGCUUAUAUUUUCUUUUAAAAAACAAGAACCAGCUGUACAAUCAUGCCUAAAUGAUCUUCAACCAGCAGAUUUCUGCUUUAUUUGAAUUUAUUUUGCAGAACUUUCUUCGAGGUAAUGAUGAUUGCUACAAACUUGAGCCAGAUUUUUAUCAGGCAAAGUUACUGUCAAACUCCCAUUGAUUUUCCUGUUUUCUUGUAUUCCUUGUGAAUGCAUUUCCCGUAGUUGUAUACUCAAUAUUUUGGUGGUGCCUUUUUAUGCCUAUACAUGUUUUAUGACCAGUUUGUCAUGUAUUCCAUUAAAAAUGCUUAAAAUUGUUUUCUAUAUAGAGGUUUGUGUUUGUUCAAUAAACUGUUUAAAGGAUUAUAUCAUACUCUUCCUAACAAAGUUUUCUUGUGAAAGAAUUCUACCAUGCUAAAGAUUAUUUAAUUUUACAUUUUGUUUCAUUUGCUCACACUGUCUCUUAAUACCAGCUGACUUGAUUGGAAAGUUUUCAUAUUUUCUUCUGGGCAGAUUUUAUAUCUUUUUGGGGAGAAAUGUAAUAUAAGUUUGCUAAUAAAAAUCCUCUGAUGGUA